AUGAGAUUUUUCGCCUUCGUUUUACUUGCUUUAAUUGCUAUUUCUUGUGUUAGUUCCUAAUCUUAUAAUAUUUAAUAUGCUAAGAAUAUUUUAGAUUGCAUUAAUAAUGUUAAAGAACCUUGCUAAACUACUGGUGACUAUUGCUAAGCUGAAAAAUAAAAAAUUAAUGAAUGUUCAGAUAAAUGCAAAACCGAUUAAGUUGCUAUAAGAAGUGUAGUUCCAUCAAUAAGCAUGUCUAAACUUGGUAUGAUGCUAUUAUUGCUUGUUUUAGCUCUAGCAUGA